AUGGGAGACCCAAAGCCAAAAGCUCUAGAAACGGACGUAGAGAAGGCUUUGCCUCCGACGCCGAUACCACUCUCUCCGUCGGUAGCUCAAUCGGCAUUGAGAAGUAGUGAGGGGACGUUAAGCAAUCAAAGCACUAGAAAUAUGCUGGACGAGGACGAUAGUGACGAAGAUAUAUUCACUCCUCCCCAAAAUAGCUGCCGCAUACGCGGAUGGUGUAAUGCGCUAUUGCUGAAGCCUUCAUACAAGCGCCCAUUCCGACGUAUCAUCCGAAAAUUGGAGAAAUGCGAAUCCGGAUAUCCAUACCUGGCCACUUUUCUAGACAGCGAUGAAAACUUCAUGAUCUUUCGGAGAUUUGGGUUUCUUCAUACUCGCCUCCUGCUGCGCACACAGGAUGAGCUUCGUAUAAUGGAAAAGGAAUUGGACCAAAUGGACCAGAGGGACAACUUCCAGAACAUCAAGCUGUUGCAGUGUAGAGUCGAUGAUGAUCUUCGUAAAGACCAAGUACCAGAGACGCGAGAGUCCCUUUUAUCUCGUAUUGAGCCUACCUUACUAAAGUAUGAUCAAUUGCUCCUCAAUUCUCAACAGCUAGCUGCAGCCAACCGCCCGCCGCAACGGGACUAUAAUAGUGUUGCGAACUUCAUCUACCAUAAAAAGCCUUUGCUGCAAGGAGACGACGAUUUCAUCUAUAGAAAAGAAGAUCUAAUAACAUUACGGCCCGGUAGAGAAAGUGCUUGGCUAGACGCGGCCGUGGAGAAGUUGCUUAAGCUUUUCCCUCGUGGAGCUGUCAAGUAUAUUUUCUGCUCGAAGGAAACUGCCGCAAAAACCAGAGACCCCGACUUGUUUCUCCCUACAAAAUCUCGCGUCGACGGACUUGUCAGUUUUCUCAUCAUGGCCAUGGUCCUUACUCUCUUGGUAGUCCCAGUCUAUGCUUUAUACCAUGUAAGCACAAAAAUAAACAACGACAGCCUAGAGAAUUCAAACGCCAUUUGCAUAGCUAUCCUCCUUGUUUCAACGCUCAUGUUCUCGGCUGCCCUGGCGUUAUUUACGAGGGCGAAGAGACAUGAACUUCUUGGUGCUGCGGCUGCAUACUGUGCUCUCCUUGUGGUAUUCAUUGCGAAUAUCGGUGAUUCGAGGCUUUCUCCUUAA